AAGCGCCAUCUUUCGUGAACAACAAGAAAACAACCCUUGUUUUACUUUCCUGUCGUUAUUACCGAAUCUUUCAAUUUAUUCACCUCUCUUUCCCCUUCUUCAUCUUCCUUCUCACUCCUCUCAAUCACCAUUCAAUCUUCUCCAAUUCUUUCUUCCACCACUUGGUGUCUGUAACUCUGCAGCUCACAGUAUCUGUUUUACACCAUUCAUUUGCAGAAAAAAACAGCAGAGUCAAUAUUGCUGUCAACAAUCACUCCAUGUACUGGCUGAGCAGGCUUUGGUUUGGAAGCACCACAAGGGCAACAGAGAAUAUGGAUUCAUCAAUUGCUCAAGGACCAGAUGAUGACAGGCCAGCAUCAGCUCAACAGUUUGCCCAGUUUGGCGCUGGCUGCUUCUGGAGCGUCGAGCUCGCCUUCCAGAGGCUGCCUGGAGUGACCAAGACCGAGGUUGGUUAUAGCCAGGGACUUUUGCAUAAUCCAAGCUACGGAGAUGUGUGUUCCGGAACCACAAGACACUCGGAGGUUGUCAGAGUCCACUAUGAUCCCAAAGAAUGUAGCUACGAGUCUCUGCUCGACGCGUUCUGGGCUAGACACGAUCCUACCACACCAAAUCGACAGGGGAAUGAUGUGGGAACACAAUACAGGUCUGGAAUAUACUAUUACACUCCUGAGCAAGAGAAAGCGGCGCGAGAGUCGUUGGAACAACAACAGAAGAAGUUAAACAGGAAGAUUGUUACUGAGAUUCUUCCUGCUAAAAAGUUCUACAGGGCAGAAGAGUAUCAUCAGCAGUAUCUUGAGAAAGGUGGUAGAUUUGGUUUCAAGCAAUCUUCUUCUAAGGGAUGUAAUGACCCUAUUCGAUGCUAUGGUUGAAUUAAUUAUCAUGAAGACUAGUUCAGAUGUUGGAAAAUAAUAGUUUUGUUGAUAAGUUUUUGUUAAUAUAUCAAUAAAACUAUGUCAAACACUGCAUACUCUAUUUGAUUUUUAAGUUGGAGAUUGUCAUAAAUCAGUUGUAUAAUUGGUGUUUGUUUUUCAUGUAUAGUUUUGAAAUGAAGUUUUUUUAGAGUA